AGCCCUCCCCGUGCCCGUCAGCUGCUCAUCACAACAAAAAGUAGCGAGGAGGCGAAAAAAAGGAAAACAAACAGUUUCGCCGUUUCAGCGUCUCAGCCUGUCGCGGCAGCGCGGACUGACCGAGCCGAGCGGAAUCAUGUCGAGCGAGGAGGAGGCCCGACGGCCCUCGCUGUCCUCCUCUUCGGUCGGUCUGGAGGCCCUGUUCCCGGGCUGCUCCGGGGCUGGCGCGGGCGGAGCGGAUCCGGGAGACCCGGAGCUGGCGCGUCUGCGGCGGCGGCUGCAGGCCUGGCUGAGUCCGCACGAGGCCGCCGUGCUCGGCCUGCAGCGCCUGCUCGUGUGGGAGAGGCCCGUGCGCAGCGGCGCCGUGGCGCUCGCGCUCAACACCGCGUUCUGGCUGCUGUCCUCCACGUCCUUACGGCCCUUGUUCCUCCUGAGCGCGUCUCUGCUUGUCCUCACGUUACUGGAGAGAUGGAAAGACAAGCUGCCUCAGAUAACCGUGCGGCAUCCAGAGGACCCGGUCAUAGAAAGAGAAAGCAUGAGCGUCCACCCCAGACUUUUGAGUGUGAAUGAACUGAGCCACCAUCUGGCGGAGAGCUACUUAACCUGUAGCCUCUACAUCCAAGAGAUGCUCCAUUACAAACGGCAGAAUCACGGCAAGUUUUGUGCAAUGACAUGCUCAGGAUGUCUCCUGCUAGCUGUAGUUGGCCACUACAUACCUGGAAUUAUGAUCUCCUACAUUAUUUUGCUGAGUGUCCUGCUGUGGCCCCUGGUUGUGUACCAUGAGCUGAUUCAGAAGAUGUACACGGGGUUGGAGCCCAUCCUGAUGAAGCUGGACUACAGCAUGAAGGGAGACACGCAGCACCGCAAGCACGACAAAAGAAAGGUGAAGAAAGAGCAGGAAGAGGGAGAUGAGCCAAGGGCAGAAACAGAGAGUGAGAGUGAGGAGGAGCUGUCCUGCUUUGCUCCCACUGUGGAUGUGAAGACUACGGCUCUAGCGAUGGCCAUCACCGAUUCAGAGCUGUCUGAUGAGGAGGCGUCUAUACUGGAAAGUGGGGGGUUCUCUGUGUCUAGAGCUACUACCCCACAGCUCACGGAUGUCUCUGAAGACUUGGACCAGCUGAGUGUGCACAGUGAACCUGAGGAGAGCUUCUCCAAGGACCUUCCAGAGUUCCCCUCAGUGGACGAGUUCCCGUCGAUUGAACCUGGCCUGUUCCACUUCCCCCUGGGUGUGCUUGGGUCUGGCCGGGCUGAGGGCUCCAGCACGGAGCACCAGGAAGACUCGCAAAGCCCAACCAGCCUCCUUAUUCAGCAUUUGGCUUCCCCACUCCACUUUGUCAACACACACUUCAACGGACAUGGCCGAUCGUCUGCGGCUGACCGGAGUUCGGUGGGAGCUGGGCAUGAGGGAGAAGGAGCGGCUCGGGCCGCGCAAGGACCUACCCGGUCCCUGGAAGCCCUCAGUGAGGAGAUUGUGAGCACAGCCAUCUCCACUGUGGUGCAGAACACUCUUUCAGCCCUUCUGCGGUCCACAGAGGCCAGCGAGGGGCCUUCCAUGGCAGAGUUCCUCCCCACCGAGACGCCACCUUGUCCAAUGGAGUCGCCUCUUGAGUCGCCCGUGGCCCAGGAGGCGAGCGACGAGGACGUGGAUGUAACCACUGAAGCCAGCACCGAGGAGCAACCAGACGUAACACUUGUUCCUGCCGAGGAGGAGGACUUUGAGCUACUGGACCAAAGCGAACUGGAGCAGAUGGAUGAGGGGCUAGGUCUAGGUUUCGACGGACAGGGGACGGGCGGUGACCCGACACCUACGGACACGCCCCCGAGCGGCCAGCAACAGCAGGCUGACCAACAGGAGUCCUAGCUUGCCCACUAUCCCUGCUAAACUGUCCAUUUUAUUUAUAGUCCAUGUAGAUACAUAUACCAUACACUGACAUAUAUGCUUUAUGAGAAGGUCUGAAGAUAUUUUUUCUGUCAGUUCUGCUAUUUGUGAGAUCACUGUGACCUUUUUUGUUUUGUUUUUUCAGGUGAACCGAACCAAAACAAACCACAGAAAAAAAUGUAGUCGAAAUUUAGUGGUGCAUAUUUUUCGAAGAGUGCUGAGCAAGGGUUAGUGCUCACCAUGCCCAAUAACUACGAUUACACGGACUGGUGGAGCUGAUCUGAGUUCAGCACUCUUCCUUAAAUGAUAUCGGCCUCGAUUGGCCAGUCGGAGUUUUUUUUUUUUUUUAAUGGUAACAAACUUUUGCAAAGAAGAAAGUCACUUAGUUACUUGUUUAAUUAAGUGUUCUCGAGGUUAAACACCAAGGCCAUGUUAUCUCUUCCAAGUGACGUCACACUUAGUAACAGUAGUUGAAGAUAAUCCCGUCUAAAUUUCUGUGUUGCGCACGUCGUCUGGUAUUCCCCUUCCUAAGGGCCAGUCUAGAUUUCCUUCUGUCUUGCUUUUUACUUCCAUGCUUUUGUCCUGUUUACCACUCCCAGUUAACAGUGGUGAAAUCUAAACUGCAGAACCUCACAAGCAACCUGGGGAUAAUCUCACAGCAGCUGGGCGACUUAAGUCCACCGAGAAGAUUGCUCAACAGGAAUGUUCAGUAACUGCUCUCCUAUUGGCCAGUCUGGUCUGCAGGCUUCAGUUACCUGGCUUACUGAGAAAUCCUGCUUUGUGAAAUACUACCCAGGUCUAAUUUGAGCCAGAUUCAUGCACCGACUCAAGCAGAGGAACUAACCCAGCCUACAUUACAGCCUGUCUAAAAAGAAACAAGUAACUGACCAGGGCAGGCUGGCUUUAUUUGUAGUCGUCAAUGAAAGCACUCGAAAGAUUAUAUUUAUAGCGGUAAAGAGAUAUUUUAUCAUUUAUAGCCAUGUUAAAGUAUGCUGUUGUGUAUAUGUUUAGGGUUGGGGAUUAUUUUUUAUUUAUGAAUAUUGGUCAGUUAUGAAGUAAAAGCGUAUGCCUUGCA